CCCCCCCCGGCCUGUUACCGAGGCCGCGAAGUCGCGUAGCAACGGCGACGAAGGUCGGGGCGCGGCCUCGCAGCGUGGGGCGUGCCGGGAGUUUUGCCAGGGCCUGGUUGGGGUUCCUGCGGAGGGUUGCCAUGCAGGGCUCUAUGGUCCGCCGUACGCAAGAGCUGCUGGGGCGAGUGAUUCGGAAGCCGCCCCUCACGGAGCGCCUGCUCAGCAAGCCCCCCUUCCGCUAUCUGCACGACGUGAUAGGGGAGGUAAUUAGAUCAACUGGUUUCAUGAGAGGCCUGUACACAGAUGAAGAGAUGAAAUCUGAUAAUGUCAAGGAUAAAGAUGCAAAAAUCAGCUUCCUGCAGAAAGCCAUUGAUGUUGUCAUCAUAGUGACAGGGGAACCCUUGGCGGUGAAACCAGCACGUAUUGUUGCUGGACAUGAACCUGAAAGAACAAAUGAACUGCUCCAAGCAAUUGCCAAAUGCUGUCUAAAUAAGCUAUCCAGUGAUGAAGCUGUUAAAAAAGUCCUUACUGGGGAGAAACCAGAUAUCAAAGGAAAGACUCCAUCUAGUAAACACCUAAACAGAGACUCUAGAACAGAGGAACAGAGGUCCCAUAAAGAGGGAAGAGGUGACUGUGAAAUAAAAGAGAAGAACACAGAUCAAGACCAAAAAUCCAGAGAAGAGUUAAAAGAGGAAGAGAGCAAACGAAAGGAAAAAGAAAGCGACAAACAUAAAGAUCAUGCAAACCGUCAAAAAAAUCUUGAUAAAGACAAUUUUAAAGAAGGUGAAAAGCCUGAAAAAGAAAGAACCAAGAACAGAUCAUCCAAGCAGGGAAGAGAAGCUGAGAAAAUUAAAGACAAAGAAAAAGGAGAUGUUGAAGGAGAAAAAGACCAACGUGAUAAAGAAAGAGAAAGAGAAAGGAAACAACAUGAGGGAGGAAGAGAAAAAGAGAGAUCAAGAGAAAAAGACAAAGAGAGGGGGAGGGACAAGGAUAAGGAGCAUGAAAAGACCAAAGAAAGAGGAAAGGAUAAAGAAAAAGACAAGCGAAGGGAGCGAGGCAAAGACGUGGAGUCAUCAAGAGAGCAAAGAAAAGACCAAGAUAAAAAGGCCCCAGAAUCUGAGGAGAAUGUGACUAAAAGAUCUGUGGAACAAUCUGCAAAAGAUAAUGCUGGGCCAGAUAAAGAAUCCAAAGAUUCAAUCAGGAGCUCCAAACAUAACUCAUGUUUUUUCAUGUUAGGACGAAGGGAAGCUAGUAAAAGUUUAUCUAGUGUUGCAGUUGAAGGAACAGGUAACGUAUUAAAAGAGAAAGUUGAGCAAGUUAUUACAGCCCAAGAGCCAGGAAUAAUGGGAGCAAAUAGCUUUGCAGCUAGACUUGCACAUGAAAAACCAGCAACUAUUUUACAAGGAAAAGCUGAAGCAGAACUUUCAGUAAAGCAGAGAGGUGAAUCAUCCAGUGAUGCAGAGGGUGAUGUUCUGAACCCUGCUGCCAGUGAAAAGAUAAUUGUUCCUGAGAAUACUGAAAUUGCUAAUGAACCUCCUCCCCAAGUUACUCAAAGAAGAUUACCAAGACCCAACAGUGCAAGGCCAGCUCCUCCCAGGAUAAAACGCCAAGAAAGUACAGACGCUUUAGUGCCAGAGAGAAAUGGAAGUGCCAAAAUCAUGUCAAAUGUAAUUAUAGAUAAAGAGGAAGAGGAGGAGGAUGACCAGUUUGUGGUAGAAGCAGCACCACAGUUACCUGAAAUAACAGAAAUGGCAAUGGAGGCAACAGUAGAGCUGGAGGAAGAUGAAAAGCACGGUGGGCUUGUCAAAAGAAUAUUGGAAACGAAGAAAGAUUAUGAAUUAUCACAGUUGCCAAAAUCUGCUGAGAAGGAGAAGCCACUUCUAUCAGAAGCAGCAAGGAGAAAAGAGAAAGACCUAGUAGCAAAAGAAAUAGAUAAAUUCCGUGGAUCCAUUCAGGCUCUUUGUCGGAGUGCUCUCCCUCUUGGAAAAAUCAUGGACUAUAUUCAGGAAGAUGUUGAUGCCAUGAAGAAUGAGCUCCAGAUGUGGCAGAAGGAAAAUAAACAACUUGAAGAGGCCCUACAGAAGGAACAAGGUAUCACAGAUGGUGUGGUAGAACCCCUGAAAGCAGAACUUGCCGAAUUGGACCAGUUGAUCAAAGAUGAGCAAGACAGAAUUUGCGCAAAAAGAGCUAACAUUUUAAAGAAUGAAGAAAAAAUUCAGAAGAUGAUUCAUAAUAUUAAUUCAAGAAGGUGAAAAACAGAAGGACAUGGGACUGGAAUUUUCUUUUCUACUAAACAGAAAUGAGAAAGAAACAAUGUUAUAGUGUGUGGGUACAAAACUGUUGCAUUCAAUAGCACAUGCAUUUUUAAGUUAAUUGAUUCACAUGGUUGUGCGUGACAUUGGAAUAUUGAUACCAUUUAGAUGAAAUUUUCCAUUCAUUCAGUGUUUGAAUUCAAUGGAAAAUAUUCAUUGGGUUGAAAUCCUGUUGGCAGAAGUUGUGCUGUGUAAGGCUGUCUUGUGAUUAUUCAGAAUUUGAACAUUUCCAAUCAUCCUCCCUAGGUCUCGAAGCUCCCUUGGAAUCCCUUUCAUUAUGGGGAAGCCAUUGGGGGCCAUGGGACUGGGAGCAGAGGAGUCUUUCAUUUCCAAAAGACUGCCACAGCUGAUGACAUACCUUACAUGGCGUACGUUGCAGCAGAAUUUGAGCCAUUAUACUUAAACCCUCUUGAUAAAUUUUCUCUUCUUGUUGACAGAAGUUACUUUCCUGAUUCCUUUAUGCCUGUAUCCUGUGAUACACUCUAUACGUUCAUUGCUGCUGUAUGUAGCAUUCUGAACAAAGAGAAGCAGUUCUGCUUCAGUCAUUGAAAUACGAAGUUUGGGGAGUUAGUAGUGGUUAGAGUGAGCUGGAACAUUUCUGGUGUUGGCAGACCCUGUAUGAAGAAACAUGUAAAGGACUUCUUAUAGACUAAGAAAAAAAAUCUGUUUACUUCUGUUUCCUCAACUCUUACAACAUGUAAGAGAACAAAAGAAAUGUAGCCAAAUAUGUUAAUUACUGUUGUAUGGCCUUGAUUUACCUGAAAAUGGGUGAUUUAAAUAACAGUUUUUCUGAUGGUCGUGGGUUUUUGGAUCUAAACAGUUUUUCUCCCCAUAAAUAAGCAGUCAUUUAUAGUUUCAGAGCCAAUCAUUCAGAGAAUUAUUAAUCAAGGAGGAGACACAAUUAUGGAUGUAUGGUCUGGUUUUUGUCACAUAUAUCAGUAUCUUUUUGAACUAGGAAAUGGGGCAAAAAUGAAAAUUCUCAGUUCUUCUAAGAUGUGGUCCACUGCUGGGCCAGCUGAUCACCUCUCUCAGUUGUCCUUUUUUCUUUUUCAUUGAAAUUAUUGACUUGUAAUGAGAUCAUUUUUGCACUAGGUGGCACUUGAAGCUGGUGCUGUAUUCCAUCCAUCCCCUCAUUCAUUGAUGGUGAAUGCUACUCUGCUAAUUACAAACAAAACAACAUGCAUACAUUUUUAAACAUUGUGUUUAUAUGUUUUAUAUAAGAUUGAUGAGAUUACAAUCUGCCAUGUACUGAAAUCACACAUAACUCUUGACAUGUGCAUUAACUUCUUUAUCAGAGAUCAACCUUAGUGUUGUCAUUUGUGGCAAAAUCUACAGCUUUACAGAAUGUGUAAGUUCUUGUUAUAUCCUUUUAUGGGUUGUUUCUCUUCACAGGAAGUGAGGUAGCACAAAUGGAAGGACGGGUCCCUCACCAUCACCCUUUAUUUCUCUCAUGUGCAGUUGCCACUGUGUAAGGUAAAGAAUACAAGUUUGAUUACAUGUGUCAUCACUCAUGGAAACUUUUUCAAAAAGAAAAAUGUGAAUAAAGUUUUGAGUGUGUCU